AUGAAGGUCGUAAGGGUUUUAUUCGGACUAUUUUGUAUUCUCUCGCUCAUACAUGCAGUUAGAAUUGAGGCACAGACGUUAAGUGAGGUCGAACGUGAGCAUCCCGAUAUCAGCACGCUCAUAACCCUCGUGAACAGCACGCUCUCGACUCAGCUAAGCGCUCUAGCUGCUGCGAACAGAACAAUAACCGUUUUCGCUCCAGAUAAUACAGCUUUCGAAAGCUUGCCGGCGAAUGUCACCGCGAGGCUUCAUACGAACGAGACCCUUUUGAGGGACGUCUUGCUCUACCACAUCGUGCCUGGGAACCUCUCGGCGCACUUUUUACUCGGCGAAGGGGUUAUUUUAGUGAAAACGCUGUUCGACAACGAAACCCUCAUGUUGAACGCUACAAGGACAACGAUUUACGUCGAAGGAACACGGAAGGUUAUAGUGCCGGACGUUUUCUUCGACCUCGGUGUCAUACACAUCAUUAACGGAGUUCUGAUUCCUCCGAGUUUACACGGUGCGGUAUUAUACGGAACUAGUUGA